GCUACGGUUACAUACUGUUAGUUCUGUACUCUGUGAGACACACGUACACGUACUGCUGCUUUGGCACUCUUUCCACUUCCUUUCUACGGUCUUGAUAGUCAGAAAUGGCUAAUUCUGAAACAUGGACCAAAAGAGGCGUUAUGCACAGGACUUCACGUGACAGCCCAUCCAAAGGUUCCUCUGAGACAAAAAGCUGGUACGAAAAGAUAUUACGACAAACUCUUGUUCCUAUGUUACUGAUGGUAGUAAUACCAAACACCGUGGUGUGUAUUGUUUAUCUUGUUGUUGAAAGAGGCAGCAAUGCUAUGACAAAUUUGUCGGGAGAUCUUCCUAAGUUUUGGAGAGAUGCUUGGACUUUGGCUGGUGUUGGAGAUGUAGAGGUGUGGGCAGUUGUGUUAGGCUUAGCGACAUGGGCUGGACUGUCGUUACUCUUUCUUGGAGGGAGAAGAUACGUAGGUCCUCCGACACACAAUGGUUUUUGUCCUGAAUAUGUAAAUUCGGGUUUUAAGUAUUAUUUGUUGUCCAUGUUGGUUUUUGUGAACUUGUUGAGCUAUCGCCAUAUGCUAGCUGAUUACUCUGACGUCACGUCCGCGUGGUACUGGUACAAGAAAAUGGUUCCAUUCACAGGGGCAUUAAUAUUAUUUGGAUUCAGCGUGUGCAUAGUUCUUUUAGUAAAAGGUCUAAUAUCCCCUUCUCCUGGGGAAUUCGGUUCCUCUGGUAAUCCCGUGUUUGAUUUCUACUGGGGUCUUGAACUUUAUCCCCGCCUGGGUCGCUGGUUUGACCUGAAGAUGUGGACCAACUGUAGGUUUGGUAUGUUGCUAUGGCAACUAGAAGUUCUUCUCUUCUGGAAAGCUCAGGUAGAAUACAGUGGAUGGAAUUGGGCCAUGGCUGUAACCAGCAUUCUUCAGACUGUCUAUAUUGCUAAGUUCUUCUGGUGGGAGGAUGGUUACAUGAAAACAAUAGACAUCAUUGUUGACCAUGCAGGUUUUUAUAUCUGCUGGGGAUGUAUUGUUUUCGUACCCACGUUUUAUACAUUAACAAGCAUGUACAUGGUGGAAAACGCGCCAUCUAUUAACGUGGAGCUGGCCGUGGCCAUAUUCGUUACAGGUCUCCUAAUGGUGGGUUUAAACUACUGGGCUGAUUACCAAAGAAAAAUUGCUCGAGAAACAGACGGAAAGUGUUGCUUGUGGGGAAAGCCAGCGAGAGUGGUGCGAGCCAGUUACGUGGACGCCCAGGGGAAAUCCCAAAAGAGUCUUCUUUUGGCCUCUGGGUUUUGGGGCUUAAGUCGACAUAUCAAUUAUGUGUUUGAAAUUCUUGCCGCUCUUUCGUGGGAAGUUCCUGCAAGUUUUGAAAGUUUUCUUCCUUACCUUUACGUCUCCUUUCUCCUAAUCUUGUUAAUUCAUCGGAGUUUUCGCGAUGAAGAGAAAUGCCGCCGGAAGUAUGGGCAUUUUUGGGAGGCAUACUCUCACAUAUCAAGAUAUCAGCUUUUACCGGGCAUAUUCUAAUCACUGAACAGAUUCGCUAACGUGGCAACAAAUAUUGCGCUUUUCAUCAAAUAGUCGUCACUGGUGGUUUCACUAGGGUAUUAAAAAAAGCUUUAAACGUAGGUUUUUGUAUGCAACAAUUGGUCAUCCAAGAUCUCUGUAAGUUCAAACUAAACACUAAGUUACGCGACUAACUCAUCUUUAUCUUAUCUUUUCUACAUAUUUGUUCAUUCAGUUGAAAAAUUCUUUGGUUCACAAGAACACCUUCCGAUUUUUUUAAAGUCUCAGUUCCCAUUAUUAAUGUAUUUACCUAACACGCUGAAAAAUUAUUUUAUAAUCAUGCGUUUUUAUCAUUAUGAGUGAUUCUGAGUUGGAGACUCGGUUAAAAUACUUAAAGUUAAAAAUAGGCUUAAAAUUAUUAUUAUUUUUUAAAUGUUUAUAUAUACAUAGUCCACCAGAUCUUCAUCAUUUAAACCUAAAUGACCAAAAGCGGGAAAUACCAGAGUCAAUCACUUUUCAUCAUUAUUUUUUUUUUUUGGUUGACAGUUAUACAACGAACUGGUUCAUAUAUAACUAGUCUUAAUGAGCAUGAACUAAAAAAAUACACUAGUUUAACUAUUUUGUUCAAAUAUUUCGUAUGUCUUUAAUUAUUUUACAACAACGAACGGUUUCAUUAUUGAUUAGAAAUAGUUAUUUAUAAAGAGAUGGUACUGAAAUAAAAGUUUAUUAUAUACGAGUAUAAAAAUAUUUACAUAAUCAUUAGUUUAUUUUUUUUAUUUUAUUUAUAUAGGGUAACGCCCUAUGUAACUUCUAAGACGUUUGUUUUUUUUUAGCGGUGUGCGAUUGAAAACGAUCUCUUAAUUAAGCACGAUAUUAUUAUCUUCUUACAGACGUUUAUUAUGACAUAUAAAAAAAAUGUCCAAUUCUAAACAUUUUCUUAUACACUUGGUGAAUAUCCUGAAAUUAUUCGACCUUUAUAUUGUAAAUAUAUCAUAGUUUUUGUGUUCAAACACAAUAAUAACGUUGAUGGUACUAGCUUUGAAUCUCGAGUGAAUUACACCUAUUUGGAGUCUUGUGGUGGAUAACGCUUCGGUCGCUUUGUUUGUUUGUAGUUAAGCACAAAGCUACACAAUGGGCUAUCUGUGCUCUGCCCAUCACGGGUAUCGAAACCCGGUUUCUAGCGUUAUAAGUCCGCAGAUGUACCGCUGUGCCACUGGGGAGGGGGGGGGGCGGCUUCGAUCUCUAUGCCGAGGCAGGCCAAAUGGUUAGCUUGCCGGGUGUGUGUGUGUGUGUCGGAAGAUUGAAAUUUGGUACGUGAAGUACGAAUCCAGUUGAGCACAUCCACUGAAAAUAUGUGAUAGUUUGGAUUACCACAGUCCGAGCUACAGAAAGUUGAAAUUUGCUAAACUUUCACAUUAUGUCCUGCAAGUUGUUUUGGCAGUGUUUCAAUCCCUCUAUUCGAUUUGAGCAGCGAAUGUUACCGACUGCUUGUUCUCCCUUUGGUGAACAGUUCCAUAUUAAGAACUAGAUGUUUAGCCAUCAAGACUCUAGAAGAUGCAUUUCGUUGAUGGAGAUUCAACCUAGUACUUCUAUUAAACGCCAAGGACACCGAAAUCCUUCCAACCCGGUACUCUGGUAUUAAACGAAAGACCUUGUCGGCAACAGCCUAUAAUGGCCAAACUGAAACGUUAUAAUCUGUUUAAAAUAAAAUGAAGAGCUUAAUAUAAUUUCUUACUGACUGUUUUUAUCGAGAAGUUUUAAUACAUCAGAUACCCUAAAAGGCAUAGCUUAGGUGUAGUACACAUACGAUAAGACAUAGCUUAGAUGUAGUACACAUACGAUAAGACAUAGCUUAGAUGUAGUACACAUACGAUAAGACAUACCUUAUAUAUAGUACACAUACGAUAAGACAUAGCUUAGAUGUAGUACACAUACGAUAAGACAUAGCUUAGAUGUAGUACACAUACGAUAAGACAUAGCUUAGAUGUAGUACACAUACGAUAAGACAUAGCUUAGAUAUAGUACACAUACGAUAAGACAUAGCUUAGAUGUAGUACACAUACGAUAAGACAUAGCUUAGAUAUAGUACACAUACGAUAAGACAUGGCUUAGAUGUAGUACACAUACGAUAAGACAUAGCUUAGAUGUAGUACACAUACGAUAUGACAUAGCUUAGAUCUGGUACACAUACGAUUCGCCGAUUCAGUGAUUUCUUUACAUGUACCACGUUGCUUUACAUUCAUGUCAGUUUUUGCCAAUGAGCUUAAAAGUUAACGACAGACACAAAUAAUUUCUAUAAAAACAUUUUAUUGAUUAGUAAAUAUGCUGAUGGCUAUUUUAAGUUCAAAUUACCUUUCAUUGGCAAUAAUCUUAUAAACACUUUUAAUUUCAAUACAACUUGUCGUAACUAAUUUUUAUAUGUUAAAUCCAAACGAUCACUGUAUAAUUAGGCUUAAAAUCCCGCGAGCUUUUGUAAUCUCUUUAUUGUAUAUGAUAUCUCAUCAACACACACGUAGUAUGGCCAACUCACUUAGUUACCGUACUGAAAUCUUUCAAUUAUGUAUGCGUUUGUGUGAUUUAUUCCUGAAAUUUUGAUUAUGAAAAUAAAAUUUAUGUAUAUAA